UCCUAAACUCACGUGCUCAGGCUCUUCCUUGAAGGUGGUGCCUACUAGCUGCCGGUUGGGAAGAUUGUUGUUGUUUGUUAGGAAUAAAGUACUUUAAAAGUACAAAAACUGGUCUUAGAAAAUGGGAACCCGAGAUGAUGAAUACGACUAUUUGUUCAAAGUUGUACUAAUCGGAGACUCUGGAGUGGGGAAGAGUAACCUGCUGUCCCGUUUCACAAGAAACGAGUUCAACCUGGAGAGCAAAAGCACCAUUGGGGUGGAGUUUGCCACCCGCAGCAUUCAGGUGGAUGGCAAGACGAUAAAGGCUCAGAUCUGGGACACAGCUGGACAGGAACGCUACAGAGCAAUCACAUCAGCAUACUACCGGGGUGCAGUUGGAGCUCUCCUGGUUUAUGACAUCGCCAAGCACCUGACGUACGAGAACAUUGAGCGCUGGCUGAAGGAGCUGAGGGACCAUGCUGACAACAACAUCGUUAUCAUGCAGGUUGGAAACAAGAGUGACCUCCGUCACCUCAGGGCCGUGCCCACUGAUGAAGCUCGAGCCUUUGCAGAAAAGAACAGCAUCUCGUUUAUUGAAACCUCUGCCUUGGACUCCACUAAUGUAGAAGAAGCCUUUAAAAACAUUCUCUCAGAAAUCUACCGUAUUGUAUCUCAGAAGCAAAUAUCGGACAGAUCUGGAAAUGACGAAUCUCCAGGAAACAAUGUAGUGGACAUAAGUCUCCCCCCAACCAUGGAUGGGCAGAAGGGCAACAAGCUUGCUUGCUGCCAAAGCCUGUGACACUCCUAUUUUAUUUUCUUGUUUGACUUCCUGUCGGUCUUUCCUCUCUUCACUUCUGGUUUACUUCAGUUGUCAUACUGCUGUCAUCAUAAUCCACCCUUGGGUUCAAAAGUCUGCGACACCAAGACUCUUGUAUUUGACAUUCCUUUUUGCUGAUUUCUUUGUUUGUUUUCCUCUGAUCAUAGAAGAAUUUGCCUACAAUAAUUCACAGCCUCAUCAUAUGGCCAGGAGAAGGAGAGAGAGUAAAGGUCUUGCAAGGUUAAUCUUAAAGCUGUAGUCAACUACAAUUUCUUUUUAAUUAACUAGCCUUUAUGGUCCCAUUGACCCGUUCCUGUUAAAGGAAUAGUGAGGGAUCAGUAGCCCUCAGUGCUUCAAGUGGUUUCUACUUGCCUCCUUUUCUCAGCAUGCAAUGAUAGAUUUGUUGUCAUGAUCCGCUUCAGUGGAAUCCCAAUUUCAUGUCAGGUUGACCUGAUUCUGCCUAUCAUGCAAUACGGGUGUAGAGGAAGAGCUGGGAAGAAGCUACCUCUGGAGUAUUGAUGUGUUCUCUGCUCUGUCUGGAUUUUCUAUUUGCAUCUUUAAUUUUAAUGUUCCUCUUUGAGCACUGUGCCUACUGUGGCAUGAAAUUAACACGAGCCAGGGACCAGACUGGCUGUGACUGUCUGACUUGAUAUGGGCAAGUGUGAAACAAAUGAAGGGUUUUUAUUUGUGUGUGUGUGUGUGUGUGUGUGUGUGUUUAAAUCUUAGUGCACAAAGAUACCAAAGGAGUCGGAUGCAAUCGUUAUCAGUUUUGGGUUUUCUCAUUCAAGCAUAUUCAAGGCUGCUAAGGUUGCAUUUCAUUGCUGUAUUUGGCAAACCAAUCCAGGCUUAUUUGCAAAACGAUGUGUAAUGCUAUACAGCAAAAAUAUUGUUAUUAAUUGUGGUAUGUAAUUUUAUUUGUUGCGUAAUAAUAGUAUCAGCCUGGAUAAAUCUGUGUUCCUUUUUAUUGAGUGUAUCGAACACUCUCCUCUAAAAUGAUCAUUUGUAUAUGAAAUACUUUCCCGGUGUUUUCCUUGAAUUUUCAAACAGAAAUAGUUUUUUCCAAACGCAUUAAAUCAACAACAAAAAAACAACUUAACUUUACAGUCCCCCGCUUGCGCAGGUCUGCUACUAAGUAUAUUUAAUGAUAGUGAAAAUGCAUUUGUUGGUUAGAAGUUAGCAUGCGAUGGGUCAGUAAAAUAUACAAAAUUAUCAUUUUGGAGGUGAAUGAAAAUGUCUUUUGCACUUAUGUCAAAUCAUUUCAGUGUAACAAAGUCCCAUGCAUUUUAAACAUACACUUAACAUCUUUGUUGAGGAACAUUUCCUGUUGGCUGUAAAAAAAACAAUGUUGAUUGAACUGAAUUCUCCUCUCAUUUGUUAAACGCCCUUUGCUUUCAUUUGAAGUGAUAGCUGUUAAAGGGAAAUGGAUACAGUUAUGUGAAGUCUGAGAACAUUUAAAUGGGGAAAUAACCAAUUAGAAAUGCUUUUCAUGUAACACUCCAGCUAGUUGGAAAGUUAAACUCCAACGGUAACCUAACUACCAUUUAUUCCCUCAAAUGGGAGAAAUGCUUUCAUGUGUGGUUGAUUUGAUUGUCUUGCAAUAUUUCACAGUUCUUUCAAAUAUGUAAAGGGAGCAAACAUAAAGUUGUUUUGCUACUUUCCCAUUAAACUGAAGUAUAAAUAAACCUUACCCACAUGACUAUAGGAAA